AUGCAAUUCAGCCACGCGCAAUUAUUCCUCUUUUUUCUUUGCCUGUCCACGCCGGCUGUGUCCCGGCGCAUUGGUCAUAAACACACCCGCAUUGCCGAACGACAGGCUCCCGCCUGUACGCCAACCGCUGGUGAAUCGCCCACUGUGGAUGAUGUCCCAGCCAUUGAGUCGGCCAUGGCUGCGUGUCCCUCGGGCACAAUCAUGAUUCCACCGAAGACUACCUACCAUAUCAACUCCGAACUUUCUUUCACCAAAUGCGCUGGCUGCACCUUACAAUGUCUACUCUACCUGACCGGCAAAACUUCCGGCGUCACCGUUUCGGGACUUACGAUGAGGAACCCCCCAAAUGUUUUCUCCUCAGUCAAGCAGAGCGUUACGAACGUGACCUAUUCCGAUUUGAUUCUCACCGCUGUGUCCAAGAGCGAUGCGUUGCCGAAGAACACCGACGGGUUUGACCUUGGCGGCACCGGUAUUCGCAUGGAAAACAUUAAAGUUGAGAACGGCGACGACUGCAUUGCCAUCCAGAAUGGCGCGGAAGAUAUCACGGUGACCAACAUUCAAUGCACAGGGUCCCACGGCCUCAGUAUCGGAAGCAUUGGCAAAACGGCUGGCGAAGUUGACACCGUCAAGAAUAUUCAUUUCAAAAACGCGAAGAUGACCAAAUGCUCCAAGGCAGCUGGGAUCAAGAUCUACUCGGGAGGAUACGGCACAGCGAGCUGCUACGGGUCCGACGAGAAGGAAUGCGCGUCUCGGCCUAGCACCGCGAAGUUGACCGACAUCGUUGUCAAGGGGUUCAGCGGCAAGACCGAUAAGGAUGAGCCGGUCGCCAGCAUCAAUUGUCCGGCCAAGGGCACCUGUGGGCUUUCGCUGUCUGAUAUGAAAGUCCAGUCCGCUAAUGGAGGCCAAGAAUACCAAUGUUCCAAUGCCGGGUCGAUUGGUGUCAAUUGUGUCCCAGGAGCGAGUGGCUAG